CCCCUCUCUUCAGGGCCGGGUCAAGGAGACUUAUGGCUUUUUUCUCCCACCUCGCCUUUCCCCCUCUCCUGCGUCUGCUCCACCACGUCCGGGUCGUUGCUCACGCCGUCGCUCUCUGCUGCGUGCACGCUGUCACUGUUCGCUGCUCCUUCCUCUCACUCUCGCCGUCGCUGUCUGCUGCUCGUCGCCGUUUCAUGCCACGUAUGCUCGUCCCGCCCUCCUUGACAUCGAACUGGACGAGCAAGUCCUCCACGAAGACCUUCCACCUCGCACCACUCCCUCGUCACCGCUCCACGCCAGGCACCCGAACGACGCUAGCGGCUCACUUGGGUUAGGGUUGCCCUUACCAGGUCAUGCACAGGCUCAGGUUGUAGAUGGCCUUCCAGUUCGCGAACGCCUCGACGACGGCGCCGUCGCCGCGGUCGUCG